UUUUCGUUGUUGCUGGCUUUUACAGGAGCUGCUCGCUUGCAGCCUGAGACGCGGCUUUUUUUUUCCGGGUUCGGAGCCGUUCCGGAUGCUUUAGGCUGCCGGAUGUCUGAUCUCCGGAUAACUGAGGCGUUUCUGUACAUGGAUUAUCUGUGUUUUAGAGCACUUUGCUGCAAGGGACCACCACCUGCGCGACCAGAGUAUGAUCUGGUAUGCAUAGGCCUCACAGGUUCUGGCAAGACAAGCCUGCUCUCAAAGCUGUGCAGUGAAAGCCCUGAGACUGUCGUGUCAACCACAGGUUUUAGUAUAAAGGCAGUGCCAUUCCAGAAUGCCAUCUUGAAUGUAAAAGAACUUGGAGGAGCUGAUAAUAUCCGGAAAUACUGGAGUCGCUACUACCAAGGAUCUCAAGGGGUAAUAUUUGUAUUAGACAGUGCUUCUUCAGAGGAUGAUUUAGAAACUGCUAGAAAUGAACUGCACUCAGCUCUUCAACACCCACAGUUAUGCACUUUACCCUUUUUAAUAUUGGCCAAUCAUCAAGACAAGCCAGCAGCACGCUCAGUGCAAGAGAUCAAAAAAUAUUUUGAACUUGAACCACUUGCACGAGGAAAACGCUGGAUUCUGCAGCCUUGCUCACUGGAUGAUGUGGAUGUCCUGAAAGAAAGCUUCUCUCAGCUGAUAAAUUUGUUAGAAGAAAAAGACCAUGAAGCUAUGAGGAUGUGAAAUCUGACAGCAAAAAGCCCAUUCCCAAAAGGCCUUGAACCUAUCAUGUUAGUUUCUUGUUUUAAUUUGAUGUUAUUAUCAAGACCAUCCUGACUCUACUGCCUACUUCCUACUCGUUAUUUCAGACUCUCUCCUCUCUGUCAGAGUGAAUAUUCUGUCAUCAGGUGAAUUAUCAUCAGCAUUAAUGUCAAGUACACACUACUGAGAGAGAAUUUAUUCUCUGUUUACCACUAAUUAUCUUCACCGAAUGUCUCUUCCUUCUGUUGUUCUAAGCAUUUCUUUUAUGCUUCGUGCAAAAAUGGAUGGAAUUCCUUGGCUCACAGAAAGCAAAUCCCUUAUGAGGAGCUCAGAAAGACUCAGUACCUUGACUAAUUUUCCCUAGUGGAGUAUUGUGUCGCUGGAGCUCCACACAAUAUAUAUGUCAUUUUUUAAAGAUCUUCUGGGAUCUGCUUUUUUUUUUUAAAUUUUACUCAUCUUAUUCACUUUUUUAUAUACAGACUUAUAGAGUGAAAAUGAGUACCAAAAAUUGUAAUUUAUCAUUUUAUCAUAAAGGAAUAUCCUGCCAUAGUAAAGCUUUGAAGAACUUAAAGACCAGAUGCACAGUGUUUCCUUGAUUAUGUCUUGAGGUCUCACUUUCUUUCCGCUUUUAAGAGCAAAGAUGGUGAUUUAAGUUUUGAGGAAUUGGAGGGAAUUCAGGCACAAUGUACGCAUCACUGAAUAUGUGUGAUUAUGUCCUCAAAUAUUUCCCCCCCAUCCUCAAAUAUCUUUUAUAGAAUAAUUAGCCUGGGGACUGGGGAGAUGGCUCAGUAGAAUAAGUGCUUGCCUACCAAGUGCAAGGACCUGAGUUCAAUCUCCAGUUCUGCAAAAAAGAAAAAAAAGAAUAAUUAGCCUGCAUUAAGCCAAACUGCAACAUGAUAUACAUAUCUUUUUUCUAAAAUUCAAAUGUGUUUCAAACAGAGAAAAUCAUUUUUAAAAUAACAUUAAAAUUUUAAAACAACCAAGCAAAAUAUAGUUUAUACUCAUUUGGGUUUAAGCUGGAAUGCAUUUGACAAAGAUACUGAAGACAGAAUUAUCUGAAUAUUUAUUCAUUAAGUGCUAAUGUAGUUUGAUGGAGUCUAUUAAAACCUCCAUCUUGUAGCUAAAAUUCUAUCAGUAUUUCUAUUAUAAACCUCUAUUUUCAGGGGUUUCAUUGUACCCUUAAAAAUAUGCUGGGGCUGCAGCAGAUUUUUUGAGGGCCUGGAUUCAGUCUUUGGAACUAAUUUUUUCCAUGUUAUUUAAAUGAUAAAAUUGCAUAGAGAUAAAUGUAGUUUUAUUGGGGUUCAAUUCUUUUGACCUUUUCUAAAUCAGGAAUAAUCUAUGAUAUUGAGGUUCAUAGAUGAAAUACUCUUUGGCACAUUUUAUAGACUUUUGACCACUUAUUAAAAUACUCAGUGGCCAAAUAACAGAACACUGCUUCCUCCACCUGAGCAGCAGUUUUUAAGUAGUGUGGAUUGAUAGCCAAGUACCACAGAUUCCCGCUGCGCUAAAGGGUGAUGUACAACCUGGCCGUCUUU